AUGACACAACUCAACUCCGAGCGUGAGGGUGGUCAACUGCUAAAGCCUUGUGAUGUCUUCGACCUGAUCGGAGGUACAAGUACAGGAGGACUCAUUGCUAUAAUGCUAGGACGGCUGGAAAUGGGUAUCGACGAGUGCAUCCUUGCAUACACUGAAUUGAUGGAAUCGGUCUUCAGCGAGAAAAUGAACAAUGUUCCAGUUGACUGGUCUGGGAAUAUCAAGUCACAGUACGACAGCAAGAAACUCAAAAGAGCGAUUGAAAAUGUCAUUAGGCGUGUUGGUCUAUCUCCAGCCGACCUGAUGGAUGAUGGAAAGCCCCGUCGCUCCAAAGUUUUUGUCUGCACAACCUCCAAAGACACAUUACAAGUCACACGACUUCGAAGCUAUUCUGUACCGAAUGAGAACACGUUACCGGCGACCAUUUGCGAAGCAGGCUUGGCAACAUCCGCUGCAACAAGAUAUUUUGACCCGGUGUCGAUCGGAAAUCGCCAAUUUGUUGAUGGUGCAUUCGGCGCCAACAAUCCCAUUGAAGAAGUAGAGGAAGAAGCGGCUGAUAUUUGGUGUACCACAAGCCGAGACCUGAAGCCAUUGGUAAAAUGUUUCCUUUCGAUUGGCACAGGAAACCCUGCCCAAGUCUCUAUUGAUGACAAUGUGCUCAAGUUUCUCUCAAAGACAUUGGUCAGAAUGGCAACUAAACCCGAGAGCACCGAGCGUCGCUUUAUGGCUCGAUGGAGCAAUGAGGUAAAGGAAAAACGUUACUUUCGGUUCAAUGUUGAGCAGGGACUGCAGCAAGUUCACAUGACGGAGUUUGAGAAGCAGAGCGUCAUUGAGUCUGCGACAUAUGCCUAUCUGCAUCAAUCCUCCCAGAAAGCUUGGGUCCGUGAUUGCAUCCUGAAACUUUCAGGCAAAGAGGGAAAGACUGAUGUUGACUUUGAAACAACCAUGCGGGAGUUUCAAUCUCGAGUUGUUCGCAAUCGAAUCUUGCAAACAAUACAUCCAUUAAGCAACCAUGCUCCAACCAGGGUCCCAUCCUGGGUUGUUCCUUUCGAGAGAAACUCCCGAUAUGUUGACCGGGAGGUGGUGGGAAAAGUAAAAAGAAGAUUGUUUAUUAACAACAAAUGGGAGAGGAUUGCCAUAUUUGGUCUUGGAGGAGUUGGCAAGACUCAGAUUUCUUUGGAGCUUGCAUAUCAAACAAGAGAGUUGUAUCCAGAUUGUGCCAUCUUCUGGAUCCCUGCCGUUGAUAUGGAAAGCCUUCAGCAUGCUUACCAGACGGUGGCGGAUCAACUUGGAAUUGUCCUUGCUGACCCCAAUGAGGAUGUGAAAAGUCUGGUGAAAAGUCACCUCAGCAAACCAAGUGCCGGAAGAUGGCUGCUGAUUUUUGACAAUGCUGAUGAGAUCAAUAUGUGGAUCGAAAGCAAAGAUUUCACAACAGGCAGACUCAAGGAAUACCUUCCUGCGAGUAACCAAGGUGCCAUUGUCUUCACGACUAGAAGCAAUAGAGUCGCGCAGUACCUCGCAGAUACAGAUAUCAUUGAGAUUCCUGAGAUGGAUGAGCACAAGGCGACCGACGUUUUACGAAACUCUUUGGUCGAAAAGAACCUGCUGCAGGACAUCAACAGUACCCAAAAGCUCCUCAGCCGGUUAACGUUUCUCCCUUUGGCCAUUGUUCAGGCUGCUUCAUUCAUCAACGAAAACAGAAUGACCCUCACAAAAUACGUUGAGCUUUUGGACGGGCAAGAGCAGAGUGCCAUCGACCUGUUGAGCGAAGAUUUUGAUGACAAAGGUCGAUACAAAAGCAUUCGCAAUCCUGUUGCGACUACAUGGCUUACAUCCUUUGAGCAAAUUCAAAGGCAGAAUCCCUUGGCUGCUGACUAUCUCUGCUUCAUGGCCUGCCUUAAAGAGAAGGAUAUCUUGAUCUCGUUCUUUCCUCCAGCAUCAAACGUCGAACAGCAAAAAGCGAUUGGUGUCCUCAGCUCUUAUUCCUUCGUACGCGUGAGGCAUGAAGGAUCUCGCCUCGAUAUGCAUCGUUUGGUUCAUCUUGCAACAAGAAACUGGCUACAGUCAAUCGGCUCACUGCGGGCGUGGCAAUUGUAUGUAUUGAAUUGGUUAGCUGCGCACUUCCCCCUGGUUGACCAAUCGAAUCGGAGUCAAUGGCGAGCAGCAAUACCUCAUGCUCUCCAGAUACUCAGUCUCACGGCGAGCGAAAAUCAGCUUCCUGCCAGAGCCCAUGUUUUAAACGCGGUAGCCAUAUGUCUCAUCAAGGACGGAAGAUACAGAGAAGGUGAGAAGCUUUUCAGUGAAGCUCUCGAAAUUUCAGAGACACUUCAUGGCCCUGAAAAUCCAUUUACACUAGCUGUUGGUAGCGGACUGGUUGGUAGCUACUCGCUUCAAGGCAAGUCAGCGAAAGCGAUCAAACUAUGCGAGGAGAUACUAGAAAAGAAGACAAAGCUUCAUGGUUCUGAGAGCCUCGAAGCUACUCGUGCUAUUCUCCGCUUAUCGUGCGUAUACCGCGAGAAUGGUGAUCAUUACAAAGCUCAAGAGCUUUGCAGGAAAGCCAUCCCACACUUCCUCAAAGCCCUUGGUCUAGUCUCUGAUGAGACAAUGGAUGCGAUCUUUAUCCUGGUCAUGGCCUAUAUCUUCUAUGGACAGUUCUCGGAUGCGACGGAAUUAUCUUUACAAUCAUUGGAUAUCAACAAAAAGGUAUUUGGGGCAGACCAUCCUCGAACGGUCGGGAUUAUAGUCGGAAUGGCUCGGAUGUACAUGGAGCAAUGGCGGCUAAAAGAGGCCGAAGCGCUGAUAACAGAAGCAAUUGAGAUCCUUAAGCGCAUAUAUGGGCCUGAACAUCCUGAAACAAUCUCGACAAUGAUGUUGCUAGCUAGGGCAUGGGAGUAUCAGGGUCAAUACAAACAGGCCAUUGUCAUGCAGACAGAGUGUAUUCGGAUCAGUAGUCAAUUGCAUGGUUCAGAUCACUGGGUUACCCAGAUGUAUCGCACAGAAUUGGAGGAAUUGAUGAACCCCAAAACACUCAAUUCCUUCAUGAUAAAGCAUUGGACUUACUUCCGCCGUGCGCACAUGAUGAGAGACCGGAGGGCCCGGUAUCCCAAAGUCCAAGUAUUGGGUCGCUGGGUUUCGCGACCGGCAAAAAGUGACCCCUUGCUUCGCGAAAUCCAGGAAGCAGUGGAAGGUCUGACCAUAGAAAGACAGGUUUCGAAUGGUGCAGCCACUCUAGUUGAUGGCCAGACAGCCGAAAAAGAUCCUUUGACGGGACCAUUCCAACAACCCUCCCAAUCAUCUGUUUGA